AUGAGCAAACAUUCUAUAACUGAGAUUUCAUUUGCAGGAAGCAAUUAAUCUUUUUCUGUUAAAAGACCUUUUAUGCUCGAUAUUAAUAAAGUAAAAAAGAUUAUAGCUCAAAGACCAGAAACAAAAAUAAAGUAAUCUUAUUUUAACCAUAUCAUUCGCAAAAAUGUUAAUUAGCUUAAACGGCAAAAAAGGUUUAGAUAAAAAGAGUAAACAUCCUUUAACUUAUUCGUUCCUGCUUGGUUGAUUUUGAGAACAAGAUUUUUAAACUCAUAAAGAUAAAAUUCUAACAAACAAAAGAAUAUUUUUUCAAAGGUCUAAAUAUCUAUGUAUUAUUCAGAUUCUAAUUAUAUUUUAAUCACUCCUGAAGAAUAUGGUAAUAAAAGUUUCUAGAAUCCAUCUCAAACUAGUCUUGUUGAGUCGAAGAUUGUGGAAUGA